AUGGAUUCAAGUCAUCUCUGGGCCUGGCUAGGCCUCGCCGCCGUGGGAGGCGUGCUCUAUGUCGCUGGUAUCGUCGUGUACCGCAUCUUCUUCCAUCCUCUGGCAAAGUAUCCAGGACCGUUCAUCGCAAAGGUCACGGAUGGGUACCAGCUCUAUCACGCCUGGAAUGGCGAUAGACAUCUCGACUUCUACAAGCUUCACAAGCAAUACGGCAAAAUCGUCCGCUUCGGGCCCAAUUCAGUUUCCUUCAACUCCGCCACGGCUCUCAAGGAAAUCUACGGCUUCCGCUCCAACGUCGGCAAGGCAGAGUUCUACAACGCCUUCGUCCACCCGGCGCCCAACACUCACAACGCCCGCGACAAGGACGUCCACGCCCGUAAGCGCCGCGUCCUCGCCCACGGCUUCUCCGACUCGGCCAUGAAGGAGAUGGAGCGCUACAUCAUCGGCAACGUGCGCUCCUUCACCGCCGAGAUUGGUCGCGGCGCGUCCGCUGAGACAAAGGGGUGGUCGACGCCCAAGAAUAUGACGGACUGGUGUAAUUACCUCGCCAUGGAUAUCUUGGGAGACUUGUCGUUUGGAAAAGCGUUUCAUAUGCUCGAGGCGCCGGAUAACCGGUUUGCGUUGGACUUGAUCGCUGCGGCGACCAAGAGGCAUCUUCUUUGCGGUACCAUGCCCAUCGUCGACAAACUCAAGCUCGACAAGCUCCUCUUCCCGACCAUUGCGGCUGGACGCGCGCGGUAUAUGGCCUACAGCAAGGCGCAGCUGACGGAGCGGACGAAGCUUGGCGAAGAUACGGAUCGACGCGACUUCUUCUACUACCUCCUCAAGGCGCGUGACCCGGAGACUGGACUGGGCUUCUCGACGCCAGAGCUCUGGGGCGAGUCGAACUUGCUCAUCAUCGCCGGCGCCGACACCACGUCAACAGCCAUGGCAGCGACCCUCUUCUACCUUUCCCGCAACCCUGCGGCGCUCCAGCGCGCAACAGCCGAGAUUCGCAGCAAGUUCUCCGAAGUCGAGGAAAUCCGUCAAGGCGCGACAAUCAACACAUGCACCUACCUCCGCGCUUGCAUAGACGAAGCGAUGCGCCUGUCCCCCUCCGUCGGUGGCCUGCUCCCGCGUGAGGUUCUCGCAGGCGGCAUGACCAUUGACGGCGCGCAUAUUCCCGCCGGAACCGUCGUUGGCACACCGCACUACACGAUCCACCACAACGAGGACUACUUCCCCUCAGCGUACGACUACGUUCCCGAGCGAUGGAUUGUCGGCGCGGCAAACCCGUUGUUUGGGGGCAGAGAGACGACCGAGGCCGACACGGCGAGGGCGCAGAGCGCGUUUUGUCCGUUCUCGAUUGGAGCCAGAGGAUGUAUUGGCAAGGGGCUCGCGUAUGCUGAGAUGUCGACCGCAUUGGCGAGGACGUUGUUCUUGUACGACGUGCGCAAGGCGGUGGGCGUACUUGACCCGGCUGAGGGACGCGCAGAUUUGGAUGAGGGCCGGAGGCGGGUCUCGGAGAUGCAGUUGUACGACACAUUUACGAGUAUGAAGGAUGGACCGUUGUUGGAGUUCAGGGCGAGGGCGUGA